AUGGCCACCAACACUGAGGAUACUGCACAGAGUAAUCUGAUCGAUCCUUCGACAUUUGUCUUUCCGCAGCCUCUGGCCUCCACGACGGUCACAAUUGAAUUCUGCGAUCGAGUGCUUCAUCGUGCCACUUGGGUACAAACCGAACUUUUUUUAACGUUCCCACCUCCUACAAUUGGGUCCAUCACUUUAAUCCCCCUUAACAAGGACGACACUGCAGGCCGCUUUCGUGUUUGGCUGUCGACUCCGGACACGGAUAUUGCUGUUCUAGUGUGGGACAGGAAAUUGGAAGGAGGUUUUCCCGAAUUAAAAGUCCUCGUAGGUGCCAUCUAUUUUCGCGAAAUGUGCCCCUUCAUGGGCUUUCUGUUUAGAAACAACGAAUCCGAGAUAAACUUCAACCAGGAAAGUCUUUGGGACAUUCCGAUGUUUGAGAAGAAUGGCGUUGUGUACAUAGCGACGGAUAGCAUUAUAGAAAACAUGUGCACUUUUAGAACAUUAAGCGUGAAAAUAUACGAUCAGGGUCCAGUCUCCAAAUGGAAGUAA